AUGAAUGUGGAGCAAGGCCUCCUCUCGCUCCGCAACCUCUGCGAAAACACCCCCGAUGUCCACACCCUCACCCUCCCACUAAUCUCCCGCUUCUACGGUCCCGCCGCCUACCCGGCCCUCUUCCCCUUCCCUGGCUGCACUGUCCCCAACUCCCGUCAAGCAAUCCAAGCGCCCGGCCUGCUCGACUGCUCCGCGCUCGGCGUAGAAGUCCAACACUGCCAAUCCCUCGGCAAGCGCGUACUCCUCAGCGUCAAAGGCUCCAGCCUCGCCGCUGUAGGCGGAAACAGCAACUUCGGCAACCCAAAUUCGCCUACGGAGCCUUUUGGCGUUGGGUUUGGCGACGAGGGGGUGCAGAAGAGACAGAUUGAUGGGUUUCUGAAGCCGGUCCUUCCAAAUUUGAACUUGGGACAUGGACCGGUUGUUUUCCCUUCCCCAAUUGUUACAUUGGGCAAGCCGGCUGUUGGUGAGCCGCUCAAUGUCGGCGUGAAUCUUGGUCCGCUUGCUAGUGCAGGCGUCUCGGUGGGCCAGCCAGGUAUUGUUGUCGAUGUGAACUCGCCGGUCAGGGUCAGUAUCAGUCUCGGUCUGGGACUCGGAGGAGGUGCUACUACCGCUAAGCUUGUGUCGAGUGUUAGCACCACCAAGCCUGCAUCAAGUGCUAGUACUAGCAAAGCGGUUUCGAGCGUGAGUGCUAGCACGCCGGUCUCAAGCGUUGCGUCUGUCACCGGUACCAGUGCGGGCGUGUCAGUCUCGAGUGCCAUUGCGGCCGCAAGUGUCAGCGUCGUCGGAUCGGUCUCGAGUGUCAGUGUCAGCUCACUGGCCUCAAGUGUCAGUGCCAGCACAUCCAUCUCAAGCUUCAGCACCAGCGAGCCAGUCUCGAGCGCCAACGCUGUCGAAGCAUUCUUGAGUGUCAGUGUCGGAACACCGGUCCCAAGCUUCAGCACCAACACUCCGAUCUCAAGCGUCAGUACUGUCGAACCAGUCUCGAGUAUUAGUGUCAGCGAGCCAGUUGCAUCUGCCAGUGUCACUGAAUCCAUUACAAGCGCCAGUGCCGUUGAACCCAGCUCCGUCAUCGAGUCGGUUUCAAGCGUCACCGCUACCGAAUCUGUUUCAAGCAUUGCUGCCGACGCAGUGUCGAGCAUUACUGCUGAAUCAAUCUCAAGCAUUGCCACCGAAUCAAUCUCAAGCAUCGCCGCCGCCGAAUCAGCUCCAAGCGUCAGCGACAUCUUGUUCACCUCAAUGGUCAGUGUCGGCGAACCCGCCUUAGGUCCCAGUGCCACCGAAUCUGCCUCCAGCGUCAGUGACAGCUCACCGACCGCAAGUGCUGCCGAGUCCACCGCAAGUGCCUCAUCCGCCAUCUCCAGCGCCUCAGCCGCCUCAACACCCAGCACCAGCCCGACCGUAAACCGCCCCAUCAUCGACAACCCCAACGCCGUGCUCGUCGCCGAAGUAAACCCCCUCGUGACCGCCAACAUCACUUUCCCAAUCUCCUCUACUGCAUCUUCUUCACCCUUCCCAAACCUCUUCUCCCCCUCCCACCCCCCUUCCUCCUUCGCUCUGACCCUCUUCUCCCUCUUCGGCGAAGGCCACACCGAGCGCGCUGACUUGCGUCCUCUCGGCCCCACGCCCCCCUCGGGCGCGUCCCCCAAUGGAACGGAGUGGAUCAACCCGAUCCUCACGGCGCUCCAACGCCCGCUCGGCGAAGAAGUCGUCGUCGACGGCUUCGACGUGCAGAUUCCCGCGGAGUGGAAGGGCACGUAUCAGGACGGGCAGUUUGCGGAUCUGGUGAGCAGGUUGAGGGAGUUGCAUGAUGAGAGUUGGGAGGAGAGUGGUGGGGUUGUCGGCGGGAAGGAUGAUUUGGGCGCGGAUGGUAAGGGGGUUGUGUUCUCGGGGUGGAUUGGCGGCGCGUUGAGGACCAGGAGCCCGGGAUUGACUGUUGUGGCGGAUCAGCAGAGGAAGGGGUGGGUUGAGUGGAACCCUAUGGCUGACAUGUGAAGGCGGUGACGAUGUUGUUUGAAGGAGAUUCUGGAUGGAGUGGAGAGAAGGAUGUGGACUGAUGAAUUGAUGGACGGUUUUAUACGACUAACUUUUAUGAUAAAAGCACGCAGCGCGAGCUGUGGAGUGCUCAGGUGGUUUAAAAGUAUCAAUUCUUGUAAUGACUCAACAUGAUUUAGGACUUCUUUCAAUAGUGGUAGAUUAGAAACAUCACAAAAAUAGGAUUUCAAACGUUGCGGCCAAGUUGGCGCUUUUCA